AUGAAAGAUGAGCAAGGACGGCCCUUCAUCGUCGUCCGAGAGUACGCAUUUCCUUGGUCUCGGGGUGCUUGGGAAAUUGUGUUGACUUUCUUGAAGUCAGGGAAAGAAGAAGAGGCAGCAUGGCACCGAGGCCGUAAAGUCGCAUAUUGUCGCUGCGAAGACCGUCGCCAACAUUGUCAAGACUUCACUGGUUCGUACCAUCGUACCCUUUGCCCCGAAUGGGACGUUUAUACUGAGGUUAUAAUUAAGAUGGAAAUUACAAACAAUGUCGCCAAACUUCUUGUGCAACUGUCGAAGUCUCAGGACGACGAGAUUGGAGACGGGACCACCGGCGUCGUUGUGUUGGCUGCUGCUCUCUUGGAGCAGGCGGCUGAGCUGAUCGACAAAGGCAUUCACCCCAUCCGGAUUGCGGAUGGCUAUGACCAAGCCUGCGAGAUUGCCGUUGCCGAGCUUGACAGAAUCAGUGAUGAGAUUCCGUUCACUAGGGAGGACACAGAAAAUCUGAUCAAGGUUGCAAAGACGAGUCUGGGCAGCAAGAUCGUUUCCAAGGCACAUGGAUCAAUUCGCCAAGAUGGCCGUGGAUGCGGUUCUCUCCGUCGCCGAUCUGGAGCGG